AUGUUCAGUGCCACACGGGCGGGAGAUCUGAUCGGCAGUGAUGACGAUCUUGGUGAGAACUCCACCUGUACUACACAGGAGACGUGCAGCCCCCGGCAGGGAACCACUACAACAUAUGUCAAGGAUGGCAUGUCCGUAAAAGAUUCAGAGUUUGCUAUUGGCCCGGCUACUGAUCGGGAUUGGUUUGAUGCGGACCGGUCAAUUUUGGAUAUUGAGAGAGGACCAUUUAUGUCAGGGGUUGCCUUAUUCUGUGGUCGAAAACUCUACCAACCCGACGCCGAAAAGAAGCUUACUGCUUUAUCGUGGUACAAAAAGAUCGUCGAUAUCACAGAUAUCAUUGACUGGCAGUCUUGCCACGUCUCACCCCUCUUCAACCAUAAUCCCCACCCAGCUUUCCUUGACUGGGGUGGCCUUGAGCCUGAGACGCUCGAUCUAGCACCCAGGCCGUCACUCUCUGGGCUUCCCCCCAAAGAACGAUCACUGGCUAUGGGCGAGUAUACAGUUCAAAACGGGUUCAUUGGAUGGCGAAAACUCAUGCAUGUUAAAAAUCCAGACUUUUAUCGGGAAGUCGAAUUUCGAAAGAUGCCAGCCGACAUUCCAUUCCCGUUUGAGUUUUCGGAAACGGAUUUCGAGCGCAUCAAACUGAAUAGCGAUGAUGCAGUAGCAGGAACUGAGCUUGUGCCUGAGGUCAAGGAGAGAAUGGGCGAUUUGUGGCCCGACAAAGGCUUCAUCGAACACAAGCGGUACGAUGAAUGCAAAGCUGCGCUCGGCGAAGUCAAAAGGUCAGAUACUGGAGCAAUUGGCUGA